AUGGUUAAUCGCACAGUCGACUACGGCGUAUAUCUCGUUACAGACUCGACCCCGGCCGUCCUCGGCGACUGCAGUCUCACGCAGGUUGUCGAGGCUGCAUUGCGGGGUGGUGUCGGUAUCGUGCAGUAUCGCGACAAGAACUGCUCGCACGAGGAUGCUGUAACGACGGCGAGGGAGCUGCAUGUGCUGACCAAACGAUUCGACGUGCCCCUGCUGGUGAACGAUCGCGUCGAAGUCGCCGUCGAAGUCGGCUGCGAGGGCGUCCACAUCGGACAGGACGAUAUGAGCUUCGAUGCCGCCCGUCGCAUUCUGGGCAGCGAAAAGAUCAUUGGUGUCACCGUCAGCUGCGAGGAGGAAGCCAUCAGAGCCUGCGAGGCGGGCGCAGACUACCUUGGCAUAGGAACGGUCUUUGCAACACAAACCAAGAAGGAUACAAAAUCCAUCAUCGGCCCAUCCGGAGUCAGCACCAUUCUUGAAGCGCUCAAAGAGUCCGGUCACGGCGCCGUGCCAACCGUCUGCAUCGGCGGCAUCAACAAUUCCAACGCAGCAUCGGUCCUGGCGCAUGACGGCUCCUCCCGCAAGUCUCUCGAUGGCCUGGCCGUCGUGAGCGCCCUCAUCGCAGCGCCUGAUCCCGCUGCCGCCGCUCGCCAGUUGCUUGGGACAGUGCUCACUGCCAAGAUGCCGCAAGUCGUCCGGACGGUGGCGGGGACGACGCCCCUGACGCAUAACAUGACCAACCUGGUCGUCCAAAACUUUGCCGCCAACGUUGCCCUCGCCGUUGGCGCAAGCCCCAUCAUGGCCAACUACGCCGAGGAAGCACCCGAUCUCGCCAAACUCGGAGCGGCGCUCGUCAUCAACAUGGGAACCAUCACUCCCGAUGGCCUGCGGAAUUUUAUCCAGGCUCUCAAAGCAUACAAUGACGCCGGAAGGCCUGUUGUUUUCGACCCCGUCGGUGCCGGCGCUACGGCGGUCAGAAGAGAAGCCGUCCAGACGCUCCUGGCCGCGGGUCACUACGCCGUCAUCAAGGGCAACUCGUCAGAACUCCUCACCGUCCACGGUGGCCCAUCCGUCACCGAGCGGCAGCGUGGUGUCGACUCCACUGCCGUCCUCAGCAUUUCUGAACGCGCACGCCUCGCUCGUGAUAUCGCCCGUCAGCACAGCUGCGUUGUCCUCCUCACGGGCCCAACAGACCUCAUCAGCGAUGGUCGCCGUACCCUCCGCGUCGACAACGGCCACGAGCUGCUUGGCAUGGUCACCGGCACCGGUUGCAGCCUCGGCACCACCGUCAGCGCCAUGGUCGGCGCCUUUGGCGAGGAUGCGCUGGUCGCUUGCCUCGCAGCUACAGUCUUGUUUGGCGUCGCCGCCGAAAUGGCCGCCGUGAGGCCCGAGGUCAGGGGCCCUGGGACGUUUGUGCCCGCCUUCAUCGACGAGCUGUAUGGCAUUCGCAAGGCGACAACAGCAGGGGACUUGCAGUGGCUUUCCAUGGCCAAAGUGCAAGUCGUCAACGCAGACGAGAAGUAG